UGACACACGAUGCCCUCCAACGCUUUUAUCGAUCUGGACUGUUCUUUGUUCUCCACGAUACCCUAAUUUGAGGAACGAGCUGGUCCGCACGAGGUGAGAGCGCUCGCUGUUCGAACGUUGAUUGAGACGCCGGAGGUCUAGUUCCAUCGCCGGCGAGUCUGGACUUUGAACAUGGCUGUCAAGUACAUCAUACCUGCUGUAUUAGGGUCAUUUGCCCUUGCAUGGGUCUGUGAUCAACUUAUUGCUGAUCGAAAGAUAUUUGGAGGCACUACCCCUCAGACAGUUUCAAAUAAGGAGUGGUGGGAAGAGACUGAUAAAAAAUUUCAAUCAUGGCCUCGUACUGCUGGUCCACCAGUUGUCAUGAACCCCAUAAGUCGCCAAAAUUUCAUUGUCAAGUCGCGCCCUGAAUCUUGAAGAUUGUGAUGGUUGAUAGGCUCUUCUUUGUUGAUGGGAGAUAUGUCUCCAACUCCAAACUCUGUUUGAUGCGAGAUUGUUGUAUCAGUCAAUGACAAUAGUUUGAUCUCAUUUCUUCCCUGCUGUGUGGGGUUUCAAGUACCGUGUGAAUACUCUUUAAACUAAAUAAUAUUCAUUACAGUCAUCUAAA